AUGGGUGUCAUAUUCCAUCGUGCGAACGAGGCUCUCUCGAUCAACCCUCCAAGCGGUAGUGAGGAGCUGAGCGUGAACGGCAGCGACUGGUUAUGGGCAGUGACGGCUAUCUACGUUGUCUCUUUCAUUACCUUCUACGCUACUAGCUUCGUGGCUCGAUCUGGCGAGAAGAUCUUCCAUUAUCUCUUCACCAUUGCUCUCCUUGUCGGUUCUAUCUCUUACUUCGCCAUUGCUUCUGAUCUCGCCUACGAGGUUGUCCCGGUCACCAACUACAAGCCUACGGAGCCAUGGACACGCCAGAUCUUCUGGGCUGAGUACGUCAACUGGGCCGUCAGUUUCCCCGUCGUCACGAUCGCCCUUGGCCUCCUGAGCGGCGUCUCUUGGGCGACUAUCCUUUACAACGUCGCUUUAGCAUGGACCUGGGUUAUAUCUUACCUUGUCUCCGCCUUCACCACUUCCAACUACAAAUGGGGCUUCUACGCUUUCGGAACCAUCUCAUGGGUCCUUCUCGCAUUCAGCACCCUCUUCCACGGCACAACUUCCGCCAGGCGCGUCAAUGUUGCCGGUGACCACACCCUUCUUGCGGGAUGGAUCAACCUCCUCUGGCUCCUGUACCCGAUCGCUUGGGGUCUAUCCGACGGCGGCAACCGCAUUGGCGUGACCCCCGGAUACAUCUUCUUUGGCGUUCUGGACGUCCUACUAAUCCCCGUCCUCUCAUUUGCCUUCCUCUUCCUUUCUCGAAGGUGGGACUACGGCCGACUUAACAUCGCCUUCACCCGAUACGGCCGCGUCCACCAAGCCGGCGAAUUCCCCGAGAAGACGGCUACCGCCCCCGCGGCACCCGUCGUCGGCGAGCAGGCUGCAUAG